AUGAAUACUAAAUUAGAGACUAUACCUGUACUUUAGGAGAAAUGCAAAUUUCAUUAAAACGAAUAAGCUAAUUUAAUUUGUCUGACAGCCUCGUGUUUAAAUCAAGGAUUUUUCUGUUUUCAAUGUAAGAAUCAUCAUGAAGGUCACAAUGUAAUUUAGGGAAUGGAAUUCUUUGACUCAUUGAAAUAGUUGGUCUGCUUUGAUGGUUCCUCUAAGCCAUCCAAUAAUGUGAACUAAGUGUCAGCCAGAAUAGUAACAGCAAUGCUGACAACGAUUGACGAAUUAGACGCAUUGAAUUAGUACUUCUCUGAGAUUCUGGGGUCGAUAAGAUUACAAUUCGAGAAAUAUUGUCAGAUAUCAAAUGAUGUGAAUGUGAUAAACAACUUUUUGAUUUUCUCUUAGAAGGAAGGAAUAGAGCCAUAAUAAUUCAAGGAUAAAUUUGAGGAGUGUUUGAAGAGACUCUGUCUGAAAUUACAGAAAUUGCACAUCAAAUCUACUGUCACAUGUCAAUCCAAUUCAUUGUUUGUACCAGACGAGAGACUAUUCUAGGAAUAUUUGGAACCCCUUAUAUCAACCUUGAAGGGAAUACGGUUGUAGGCUGAAUCUAGUUUCACUAAGCCUCUAUACUAUAACAAAUUGGAUUUGAAUUUCAAAAAUGGGUUGAUGCCUUAGGUGAAUUCCUUUUUUGAACCUGUAGUAUUCGAGACAGAUUAACCGAAGGAAGAGGAUAAGGUGUUGGAGAGAUUGUGGAUAGACAAGAAUGAAACCAUGAGGAAGAUGUUGAUGAUGAAAUAACGAACAAAGGAAGAACAGGUUAUUGAUGAUGAACCAUUCUCAUAUGGUAAUGGAAGAUUGGAAAAAGUGUUUGCUGUAGCUGGAUCCAAAGUCUGGUUCCUAGAUUUCAUUUACAGUAAAUUCAAACCAACAUCUAAGCAUUCAAAAAUUGAACCCAAAUAGGCUUGUGUAAUAUGCAAAUGUCAUCAGAAAUUCGCGAGGAUUAACGAGUUCUUGAAUUGCAAGUAUGGGGAUCUGUAUGGACCCUAUCAUUUAGAAGCUAGAUUGUUGGACAGUUUCAAGAUGGCCUUUGAUAAGAGAACCAAUAAGGAUUACUUGAUUGACAGAGGAGGUCUUUAUUUCCACGACUUAUGUGUGUAUUGGUCAUCAUUGGUGGAAUGCGAUGAGAAGAAAGGAACCAUAGAUUUUGAAUCUCUAUAAGAAGCAGUCAAAAUAUCACAGGAGACCUACUGUUAUUUAUGCAAGAGGAAGGGACCCACUCUUAAAUGCAAUAAUGAAAAUUGCCAGAUUUGGAUACAUUACUAUUGUUGGAAGGAGUUGGAACCUUCUCAAUAAUACUUGGACAAUCAGAAAUUUAGAAUGCUGUGUUAUCAACAUGUGCCAGCCAAGUAUCGUAAACCAGCUUGGGCUUCUUAGAACUUAUUAUUGGAUGAUCAAUAGAUGGAGAAGAGGGAAACCAAAGAAUAUAGACAAAGUUAGUUUGUUAAGUUUACAUAUCAAGAAGCAGGACAGUCCAGAUACAUAUAGAAAUUAGAACAAUAGGCUACGAAGUAAUAAAAUGAGGAAUGA